ACACAGUAAGUAUACUUUUGAGCACUUAAUAUUCUUUUGUAAAAGUCAGUAUAGCGCUGUUGGCCGGUAAAAACACUUGUUGAUUGUUUGCGACUCCAAAAGCAUGGAUUUUCACUAUAGCAAAGUUGUCUGGCUUGUAUUAAUUGUAGUAAUAAAUAAAGUGACUACCGAUGAUGUUGGUGAAAUUUUGAAAACGAAGGACUGUAUAAGACCUGUGGAAUGUGUCCGGAUGAAAACUCCUGACUGUCUGACUGUUACCUUGCCGUAUUCCAUGAGCAGCAAUGGGAUUGUCAAAAGGUACUAUAAGACAGAAGAUGAAAUUCAGGCAAAGCUGCACGAGCUUCAAACAUCCUUGCAAUACAUCCCUCGAUGCUGGAAAGUAGUCCAACCAUUACUUUGCAUGAUCUUCCGUCCUCAAUGUUUGAACAACCACGUGGUGCUUCCAUCGCAGGAGACGUGCCGAAGGAUAGAAGAGCCUUGCAGGCUCGUCUUCGACGAACUCAUCUGGCCCAAGUUCAUAAACUGCAGCAACAGGGAUCUCUUCCCGCAGCUGAACAACCAGCCGCACUUGCCAGUAGACUUUGACUCUUCAAGUUCCUGCUUAGCACCGCUGGUGCGGACCAACGACACCCGCGUGACAGUCGAGGGGCUCGAAGGCUGCGGCUUUCCUUGCAAAAAUGCUCUCUUCAGCGAAUCCGAGCACCAGGAGACCCACCAGCUGAUCCUCUGGUCAGCUAUCACCUGCUCUUGCUUUAACUUAGCAGCAAUUUUGACGUUCCUGAUCAACUGGACAGAUGGAAGCCACUCGGACCGCGCUAUCUUCUAUAUCAACUGCUGCUUCCUGGCCUCUUGCAUCGGGUGGCUGCUCCAAUUCACCGGGAUCAGGGAAGCCAUUGUCUGCCGCCCGGAUAACACUCCGAGGAUCGCUGAGCCUGCUGGAGAUAGUUCAGCUUGCAUUGCGGUGUUUAUUUUGAUUUAUUUCUCACUUCUUGCUGCUAUCAUCUGGUUCGGAAUCCUCGUCUUGAUCUGGUUCAUGAAGUUCGAUGAGACUGCGCAGAAAAAGUAUGAUGUUAAGUCUCUCUUGUUCCAUUUUACUGCUUGGGGAAUUCCCGCUUUUUCCACGAUUAUGAUUGUUGAGUCCUUGAAUAUUAUUGAUGCAAAUAGUAUGACUGGGAUUUGCUUUAUUGGAUACCAAGAUUUUCAUUUGGUUCAUCAUUUUGUAUUCAUUCCGCUUUUUAUGGUUGUUUUUGCAGUAGCAGUAUAUAUUAUUGCAGACUCCAAAUGGAUUCUGAAAACUCCAACAGAAGAGAAAAAGUCCAAACGUAUGCCAAUUUCCAAAAUAUUAUAUUUGUCGCUUCCCGUAUUACUGACAAUUAUUGUAGCAUUUAUUUGUCACAUAUGGGAAGGAAUAAAUUCGCUGGAGUACAUUGAGGACUUUAAAAGCUAUAUCAUAUGCACAGUUUUGAACAGAAUGUCAGAAUUAAUAAGAAGCAAUCUCAAAAUGGAGGCCGAGUGUAAAUUAAAAUCCAGCCCAGAUGUUGUCAAACUUCAUUUGCAAAUUUUGACACAUUUUUUCGCGGGUAUUUUUAUGUCGCUGUUUGUUUGCGAGAAGCACUCUCUUUAUUUGUGGAUAAGUUUCUUCCGGCGGAUAUUUAGAAAAAAAUUAAAUAAAGAAAGUCCUGAUAACGGAAUGGAAGGUCAAGAAAUGUUACCCCUAAGAAAUAGAUUUAACAGUUAGAUAAUAAUCUUAAGAUUGUACAAAUAAUUAAUUGUCGAUAGUAGUUAAAUUUAGAUUAACUACCUGUAAAAAAUUUAUUUUUAAAAGUAGAUUGUUAAGAAAUUAUUUA